UUACACAGUAUGCUGCUUAAAAAUACGCAUCCUUAAUAACUUCAGUAAAAUAAAAAGCAAACCAAGUGCUAAAAGUGGUAUGUGCACUAAAUAAUCCGAGAAAUAUUAGUUAUCAUGAAAAGGAAAUCUUGCGUAAACGUCGGGAAUGGUCUAUUCUUGGAAUGGAAUUCUCGAUCUUGGUCGUCUUGUUGCUGUUGGGUUGUGUUAAAAUGUUGGAAUUCUGACUACAAUAUUUCUUAAUUCAUGUUGUUUAUAUUGUUAUAUAUCGUUUGAAUGGCAAUGGACGUUGAUAACGAAGUAGACCAAGAUUUCUUAACAAGGUUUAACGCGCUAGGAACGACAGAUCGAGAUAUUUUGAUAACAGAAUUACAAAGACUGUUGAAUUUCCAGCUCAGUCACGCAGGAUGUAUUUUCUUUCUAGACAUGACAAAUUGGAACUUGCAGGCAGCAGUUGGUGCUUAUUAUGACUUCAAUAGUUCUCAGACAGUUGAAAAGUUGCCAAACAUGGAAUUCAUGCAAGAUAUAACAAUUGGUGAAGGAGAAGCUGUCCCACCAAAUACAAAAUUUAUUAAAACCUGGAGAUUAAAGAAUAACGGAGUUGAAAUGUGGCCUCCAGGAGUUUUCCUAAAGUUCACUUACGGGGAUCAACUUGGACCGAUCACAUUUGUGUCAGUUCACGCAGUUGAACCAACGAAAUCUACUGAUGUCAGUGUUGAAAUGAUCUCACCAUCAAGCAACGGCAUUUACCAAGCACAAUGGAGAAUGUGUACAUCCAUGGGUCAAUAUUUUGGGGAUAUAAUUUGGGUAAUAAUUAGUGUUAACGAGAGUGGUUUGUUACGGGUAACGCAGCAGUUUUCAGAGUUAGGACAUGAAUCAAGACUAUCUCCCGUCAAGCCAAAUGAUCAACAUAAUGAACAAACACCAUCUGGAUUCAAUCCAUUUUCAUCAUCUGAUACUCCAACUGUCCCAUUUAACAGUCCAGUUAAAGCCACAGAAAACGAGAAUAGCCGUAAUAACCAAAUAUCAAAAGAAGAUCAAUGAUGAUCAAUCAUUAUUCGUUCCUCGACCUUAUGUCCCGUGGAAGAUAAACUAAAUCAGGAUUCAAACGAAUAUCUCCAACCCUUCUCUGACCGCUCGUCCGUAGUCUAGACGGAAUAUUGGCUGUGCCAAAAAUCCUAGAACUAUGGUAAAAUUACCUAGAAUAUAUUCAUUCCAAAGUUUGAAUGAAUCUAUAGUUAAUACGUUUCAGUUCCUGAUAAUGAGUGCAAGUACCGGGGUACUUCCGGUUGUACGAAGACAGUUUGUAAACCGUGCAUGGAUUAGUGAAAUCAAUAAUUACGGUACUCUAAUGCCUCUCGUUAAUGUUAUAUAAAGUAUGUACUAUAAGUAUAUCUAGUCGCAUUAUUUAGUCCAUCAGGUCAUGCCAACAUUUAGGGCUGCUUUCCACUGUCGCGUUUUUUGCACAUACAUAUACAGUGGCGUACGGGGAGCGAUAAUUGGGUGGGGGGUACAAAUUCAUAUUAUCUCUCACAUUAUGUCUGUCAACAUGAAUAUAUAAGAAUACGUGCCCCCCCCUCCCCAAUUAUCGUCUCCCGUACGCCACUGUACACAUACACGCACCAACCCUAUGCAUCUAUUCAAUCGUUGAUUUCAUAAGUAUCAUUAAAAUGAUUUUAAACUUUCACGUGCGUAUACGUAGGAACAAAAAACGCGACAAUGGAAGGCAGCCCUUGCGCAAAACAGGGUGAGUCAAGAGAAACGUGAAAUCGAAUUAAACAUUAGUGUUUUUCGUCUUUCCCUAUGGGUGUUAAAAUGCUUUCCAAAAAUGCACAAAUUUGCAUGGAAGCUUGGCAUUUUACUUGGUGGGAACACAUAAUGGUUUAAAUGUUGCGGAUCCUCGUGUCCCGUCAUGAUUGAAAAGAAAAUCAGCCGCUGUUGACACAAGAGAAUUGUCAAAUAAGGCCAGCCAUAAGUUCGCAGCAAAUUUGAAUAUUAGAGCCAUCAGUUUUUCUGGACUCAUUCUGCACCCUUGUCAACUUUGCUAACUUAUAUUUGAAAUAAUUCCCCGUUUAGCAGUGUCACAUGCAUGGCUUCUUAUAACCAGCCCUGAUAAAUACGAAUAAAAUAAAAUUUAAUAUAUUUCUAUCACUGCUGUUCAUAAAACGUUGUUAGUCACCUGAAAAUUUUAUUGUCCCCUUAUUUUUCGAUUAUUGUCAGUCGUGUGCAGUGAUUCCAUCCAUCACAUGUACGCUUGUUGCAUUUCCUAUUAGGAGGUUACUAUACAUGUACGCCAUCGACAGUGACUAUAGAUGACAUUGGACGCUUCCCCUAUGGGGCCGCGGAGAGGAGGGGGGGAGGGGGCAGGGGAAGCAUUUUGCCCCGGGCCCCCAACCUGAAGGCGCGCCUGACUUAAGAAAGAACCUAAAACUAAAGCAAAUGACGUUUUUGACUUCACAAACGGCAUGAAUAACGUGAAAAGACUGGGUCAAGGAUUGUGAUUGGUGGAAAACAAAAACUUUACUUCC